UCCCAGCCUCCGGGGGAGGAACAGCGCGAACCAACGCGGAACCGGCUUUUCCUCUUUCCUGCAGCUUGAUUGGUCCUCGGAUCAGGCAAAUGACCAAUGAGGACGCUCGGGCAGAGCGGCGAGGCCAAUAUGGCUUCCCGCACCUGGUGACGGUUGAGGAAACUGAGUAAGGUCUCAUGGAGAAGCCCCAGACCACCGAGGAGACUCCCCCAUUAGAACCAAUGGAGGAAGAAGUGGAAGAUGAUGACCUAGAGCUGUUCGGUGGCUACGACAGUUUCCGGAGUUAUAACAGCAGUGUGGGCAGUGAGAGCAGCUCCUAUCUGGAAGAAUCGAGUGAAGCAGAAAAUGAGGAUCGGGAAGCAGGGGAGCUGCCCACCUCCCCACUGCAUUUGCUCAGCCCUGGGACUCCCCGCUCCAUGGAUGGCAGUGGUUCUGAGCCAGCUGUCUGUGAGAUGUGUGGUAUCGUGGGCACGAGGGAAGCCUUCUUCUCCAAGACCAAGAGGUUCUGCAGUGUCUCCUGUUCGCGGAGCUACUCCUCCAACUCCAAGAAAGCCAGCAUCCUGGCUAGAUUACAGCCAGCCUCUGAGUUGAGUGUUGUUAGGGUCAUCAUCCAGUCUCACAGAAGAAACAAGCCCCUAAGAGGUGGAGUAACUGGACCAAGGCCAGGGUCUGAACCCAACCACCCAGAACCAGCCAGCAGGCCACACCCUCUGAUCUCCUCUCUCCAGGGAAAACCACCCACCAAGAAAGCCAAAGUCCUGCACAAGGCGGCCUGGUCCGCUAAAAUUGGAGCCUUCCUCCACUCCCAAGGGACGGGACAGCUGGCAGAUGGGACACCAACAGGACAAGAUGCUCUGGUCCUGGGUUUUGACUGGGGGAAGUUCCUGAAGGAUCACAGCUACAAGGCUGCGCCUGUCAGCUGCUUUAAACACGUGCCACUCUAUGACCAGUGGGAAGAUGUCAUGAAGGGGAUGAAGGUGGAGGUGCUCAACAGUGACGCCGUGCUCCCCAGCCGGGUGUACUGGAUCGCCUCUGUCAUCCAGGCGGCAGGGUAUCGGGUGCUGCUCCGGUAUGAAGGCUUUGAAAAUGAUGCCAGCCAUGACUUCUGGUGCAACCUGGGCACCGUGGAUGUCCACCCUAUCGGCUGGUGUGCCAUCAACAGCAAGAUCCUGGUGCCCCCUCGGACCAUCCACGCCAAGUUCACUGACUGGAAGGGCUACCUCAUGAAGAGGCUGGUGGGCUCCCGGACGCUGCCUGUGGAUUUCCACAUCAAGAUGGUGGAGAGCAUGAAGUACCCCUUUCGACAAGGCAUGCGGCUGGAAGUCGUGGACAAGUCCCAGGUGUCACGGACCCGCAUGGCUGUGGUGGACACAGUGAUUGGGGGUCGCCUGCGGCUCCUCUAUGAGGAUGGUGACACUGAUGAUGAUUUCUGGUGUCACAUGUGGAGCCCCCUGAUCCACCCAGUGGGUUGGUCACGGCGCGUUGGUCACGGCAUCAAGAUGUCAGAGAGGCGAAGUGACAUGGCCCAUCACCCCACCUUCCGGAAGAUCUACUGUGACGCCGUCCCUUACCUGUUCAAGAAGGUACGAGCUGUCUACACAGAAGGUGGAUGGUUCGAGGAGGGGAUGAAGCUGGAGGCCAUCGACCCCCUGAACCUGGGUAACAUCUGUGUGGCGACCAUCUGCAAGGUCCUCCUGGACGGCUACCUGAUGAUCUGUGUGGAUGGGGGACCCUCCACAGAUGGCUCUGACUGGUUCUGCUACCAUGCCUCCUCCCAUGCCAUCUUUCCAGCCACCUUCUGCCAGAAGAAUGACAUCGAGCUCAUGCCCCCUAAAGGGUAUGAGACCCAGACUUUCGACUGGGAGACCUAUUUGGAGAAGACAAAGUCCAAAGCAGCUCCAUCGAGACUCUUCAACAUGGACUGCCCCAACCAUGGCUUCAAGGUGGGCAUGAAGCUGGAGGCUGUGGAUCUGAUGGAGCCCCGGCUCAUCUGUGUGGCCACAGUGAAGCGGGUGGUGCACCGGCUGCUCAGCAUCCAUUUCGACGGCUGGGACAGCGAGUAUGACCAGUGGGUGGACUGCGAGUCCCCGGACAUCUACCCUGUGGGCUGGUGCGAGCUCACUGGCUACCAGCUCCAGCCCCCGGUGGCCACAGAACCGGCCACACCUCUGAAGGCCAGAGAGGUCACAAAGAAGAAAAAGAAACAAUUUGGGAAGAAAAGGAAAAGAAUCCCACCAGCCAAGCCCCGGGGCCUCAGACAGGGCUCCAAGAAGCCCCUGCUGGAGCACGAGCUGCAGGCUUCAGGGAAGGUUGCAUCGGAGCCCGGGCCUGACGAGAGUAAGAGCUGCCGGGGUGGAGGCAGGGCCGGCCUGCGCUGCGCCCAGAGGUGACCCCUCCGUCCUGACCUGGGCACGGAAGAGAGCCGAGUCAUUGCGGUGUGUGUGAAGGAAGAGCACCUGGACACGGCCUUGCCCCACCAGAUGCCCAGUCCAGAGCUUCCCAUGCCCGUGGAGAACAUCAAGCAGGAGAUGGACGACUGAGCCCUCCUGGUGCCUGGUGGCAGCCACCCCAGACCAGGGAGCAGAGGGUCUGCCCUCCCUCACUGGAGCUGGAGCCCGAGCCUUUGCUAUCAAACCAACACUGCCUGGGCCUGGGCCUACACUGGAGGGAUCGGCCCGGGCUCUGUGGACCUCUCGCCUCCCGCCCUCCUGGCCAGGCCUCUGUGAUCUGGGCUGCCAGAGGGCCCCCCUGGGUGACAGCCUCUGCACCCCAGGGUUUUCAAGCAGGUACACUUGUUGCCUACUUUUUGUUUUUCAGUAGUGGGGAUUGAAACCACAGCCUUCGCCCUGAGCUGCAUCCCCAGCCCUUUUACUUUGAGACAGGCUAUCAGUAAGUCACUGAGUUGUCCAGCUUGGGCUCAGACUUGUAGUCCUCCUGCCUCGGCCUCCUGAAGUGCUAGGAUCAUGUGUGUAUGCCACUGUGUACCUAGCUCUGCGCUUGUAGCGGCCUCCUGCCCUCACCACACCCUCAAUGCCAGACCUCACCUGGAGGACAACUGCUCGAUCGUCCCAGUGUGGUGGGAGUGAAGUGAGCGGCACUAAAUGGAGUGCCCUGGCUGGCAUGCACAGCGGGGCAGGAGCAGCCUCCACCUAAGAGGGAGCCACACCAAAGCCUUACUUGCCCCUUAGCAACCUGGGGACCCCACCGUGGCAGGCAGCUGAGAAGCAGUGACCAGGACAGUGGGGUUUGGUGACCUGUGAAGUGCCCUCAACCCUGUGCCUGAGCAGAAGCACUGCCAUUUCCUAAGGGGAAUGGGCAGGGCUUGUGACCUAGGGGCAGCUGGUGCUGUGAUGGAGCCAGGACCCUAAAAUCACAAGGUAGAUCACAAGGUGAGGGCCCCGGCUGAGCCUGACCUGCCUGGGGCCUGGCUUGGACCUGAUGUUUUCAUCUCCUUUGGUGAACUAGGGUCAGGUGUGGCCAGCCCUGGCAGCUGAGGUAACCCUAAAGAAGGCUCUUGCCCCCCUCUUUGGGAGGUGUAAUGUACCUCCUGGCUGAAUUUUGUUACUCUUUUUUUUUUUUUGGUACUGGGGAUCGAACUCGGGUCCUUCCACUUGUGCAGCAGGUGGCGAAACCACUGAGCUAAAUCCCUGGCCCCUGAACUUUGUUACUAUUAGUCCCUCUUCUUUUCCCCACUCCUCCAAACUGCAUUCUGUGGUCAGGGAUUUAGCUCAGUGGCACUGUGCCUGCCUUGCAAGAGCAAGGUCCUGAGUUUGAUCCCCGGUACCACAAAAAGUAAAAAAACUAAGCUGCAUUCUGAAAGUUCA